AUGGCCGACUACGAUCAAAGACCUCGUGGAGGUCGUGGGGGCUAUAAUAAUAGGAAAAGGAGAUACAGAGAUGAGGAUGACUACGAUCGCAGGCCAAUGCGUCGCCGCUAUGAAGAGCCAUUAGUAGUCAAAGUUCGCAGGCAGCUACUAUCCAUCGCCGAAUUGCCUCUAAAACCCGUCGAAGAUGAAGUCGUCUCAAUUGCCAGGACGGUUUGCGACAACAGUGACGACGAGGAGCUUCGGAAUGACUUCUACUCCCUGACGUUACAGCUGGUCAUCGAACAGCCAUUCAAGAUACCAUUUGUGGCGGCUGUCGUUUUGGUUAUGAAUACUAUACGACAAGACCUAGUGGGGGAGAUCCUGAACAGGGCUGCCGCAUUGACGAAUGAAGCCAUUGCGAAGGGCGAGUGGAGGGAAGUGAAGCUUCUCCUGAAGUUCCUAGGCUCGCUACAGGGCCUACUUACUGGAGAGGGUGUGUUCCCGGUUCUAGAGGAUAUUUUGGCCAAGGCCGUUGAUUUGCAGACUGAGAACAAUGAGGAGAAUCUUGGACCAGAGCUGGUCAAAAUCAUUCUCUUUACCAUCCCCUACAUCAUGGCUUCCUCGUCAACGGAUUCCCAGCAGAAGGCUGCCAGUAUGGUCCAAAACACGGAUAUUAUUGCUGGUGAACCACAUGUAUUGCAAAGUUUGGUUGAUCCAUAUCCUGGAAACGGAACGGCUGAAGCUACGGCUCCCAAUGGUGUGCUCAGCUUACUGCAAAAGCAACUGGAACAUGAAGCAGCUACUGGAUGGGAGUUGGCUUGUCUUCCUCGCCCAUGGAAAGUACUUCUUGAGUCUGGCCCAGAUACCCUUGCCUCUGCACCGAAGCACGAUCUCCCGGCGAUAACUAUCCCUGAUGUUGUGAAUGCUGGACCUAGGCCUCUGCUCCCCGAACUUUACUUCUCUGUCUACGCCAACCAAGACAUUGAGACCGUGCCGCCAACCACUGAUAUUGCAUCUUGCUUAUUACGAGAUUCGAUCGUUGACACCAUCAAUAUUCUGGACUACAAUAGAAUGGCGACUGCACGAUUUCUCAUCGACCUUGACUGCUAUUUCGCACCUGACACUUUCGUGAAGAGAGCUACCCCUUUCGAUAGAUUACGGGACAUUGAAGGCGACAGGUCAACAUGGAAGCCAGAAGAUGUUGCAGUUGAUGCCGUCUUUUCCCAGUUAUUCCAGCUUCCCAGUCCUGAACAUAAGCUUGUCUACUACCAUUCGGUAUUGACUGAAGCAUGCAAGAUCGCUCCUGCUGCAAUUGCUCCCAGUUUGGGACGUGCUAUUCGCUACUUGUACCGAAACGUGGAUUCGAUGGAUCUUGAAUUGAGCUACAGGUUCAUGGACUGGUUUUCUCAUCAUCUUAGUAACUUUGGAUUUACUUGGAAGUGGACAGAGUGGAUUGAUGAUGUCGCCCUUCCAAAUCUGGAUCCUAAGAAAGCUUUCAUACAAGGGGCUUUGGACAAGGAGAUUCGACUCAGUUUUGCUCAGCGUAUCAAAGGCACCUUGCCUGAACCUUAUCAGCAACUGAUUACGGAAGAAAAGGAGAAGGACACUCCAGAUUUCAAGUACAAUGACGACAGUAUUCCUUUCAGCCAGGAGGGCAAAGAGAUCCUGGCUCUCCUCCGUAAGAAGUCCCCAGAAGAUGCGAUACAGUCGGUCAUCGAUCGAAUCCACACCCAAGCAACAGACAUGAAUCUCCCUGACCCUCUUGUGCUCUCCACCGAUGCCUACAUGACCUCCAUCUGCUAUAUCGGCUCCAAAUCGCUCUCUCACGUCCUCUCCUGCAUCGAGCGUUGCAAAGAGCGCCUCCUUGCCAUCGGCCCCGCCUCUGAGCCUGCUAGAAAACAAAUUAUCGACUCUGUGAUGGACUACUGGAAGGAUCAACCAGGGAUCGGAGUCAACAUCGUGGAUAAGCUACUUAACUACACCAUCCUGAGCCCAACAAGCGUGAUCGAGUGGGCCUUGGCUAAGGAGGGCGGAAGACUGAGUGAGGCAUUUGUGUUCGAGAUGGUUUGCGCAACGGUCGGUAAAGUUACCGGACGAUUGAGACAGGUUGUACUAGCGAAGAACGCCAAGGGGCUGUUGCCAGAGCAGAAGAAGCUACUGGAGGAGACGGUCGAGAGGGAAAGGAAGAGCAUGAAGGAGUUGUUCCAGGUGAUGGAGGAUGCGCUGAUCGGAUGGGCGACGGGAUCCAAGGACGAGCAAGUAGAAAGCGGUGAUAUGGGGAGCGAGGACGCCAUGGUCAGACAAUGGGGCGAACGCUGGCUAAGGGUAUUCCGCAGGAAGCUUGCGGUUGAGGAGACCUGGUACUUGGAAGCUGAGAAGGAAAAGGUCGAGGACAAGGGGGAGGAGAUGCAGGUGGAAGCGGAUGGCCAAGGGGAUGGCAUGAAGAUUGACACUGAACCAUCUCAAGGGGCCGAAUAG